AUGUACGCUGCCCUCCGCUACUUCACCAACACCAUGAUCGUCGUUCCAGACACAAGACGCAGCACAUGCGGCGCUCGACCUGUGUCGCUCCUCGCGGAAGCCGAGGUGGAGCAGAUGCGUCUGGGCGCGAUGGACCCCGUGGCGGCUAUCGCCGUCGAGCCCACAUACGAUGCCCGCGAGCUGUACCGACGGCUUGUCAAUCUGCUGCGCGACAAGGGCUUCUAG